AUGACACGCAAAAUCGUGAAGCGUUCCACAUUUUUAGAAAGGAACCUGAGAGGAGAGGAUAGACUUCAAGAGAAUUCGGAGGAAGGAGAGGAGAGGCCCUGGAAAGAAUUCGCGCGGAACAUCAUGAUCCAGGUGGGAACCAUGAUAUCCGCACGAUUCGAGGCGCUGGAAAGCCGACUGAUGCCUGAGCAGCUCAUACGACCACCCUUGGCCGCUAGGAGCUCUGGCAACCAGGACCCUCAACCUACUCAUCCCCCAGUAUCAGGGGAGCGGGGAACUGGGAAAAGGAAGAAGCCGACCAUCACGGAAAACAUCAAGGUGAAGCAACCCAUAGUUGUUGUACGUGGCGAGGGCAAAGGAAGCAACACAGGAGAAGCCUGGACCGAGGUUGUGAGGUCUAAAAAAGGCAAAAAGAACAAGAACAUGCAAAAGACGAACGAAGCAGACAGUCGGAAGCCAACAAGACCUGAAAAGUCGAAGCAGGUACAGGAAAAGAAGAAGGAGAAGAGGACGAGUCGGAACGGUGUGCAAACACGCAGAAGAGCACCCAGGACGGCUGCAGUCGCCAUCAAAAGCAGGAACCCCCAGUGCUCCUACGCGGAAAUCCUGACUGAGGCCCGAAACAAGGUCUCAUUGACGGAUUUGGGAAUUGAGCGAUUCAAAGUCCGCAAGGCCGCCAAUGGGGGUAUCGUAAUAGAGAUUCCUGGAGCUGAUGGAGCCAAAAAAGCGGAUGCCCUUGCUGGAAAGCUCCUAGAAGCCUUUGAAGGAAGAAGGGAAGGAGAGGAAGUAUCCAUCUCCCGCCCUACUGUCAAAGGAGAAAUCCGUAUGAUAGGGCUGGAUGACACAGUCAAUACCGCCGAGAUCAAGAAGGUUGUGGCAGACAUAGGCGGAUGCAAGAUGGAUGAAGUCCGUACCGGCCAGAUACGUCCCAUGACUAAUGGGAUGGGGCUGGCCUGGAUACAAUGCCCCCUAGCGGCUGCCGUCAAAGUGGGCAAUAUGAAGAAGCUCAGGCUUGGGUGGACCACGAUCAAGGUAGAAUUAGUACGCCAGCGUCCAGUACAAUGCUACAAAUGCUGGAGGUUCGGACACCUGAAAGCGACCUGCCCCUCUGACGAAGACAGAAACGACAGGUGUUACAGAUGUGGUGAGACAGGCCACAAUGCUACGGAGUGCAACAAGAGUCUGCACUGUCUACUUUGUGCCUCUCAGAAAAAAGACAGCGGACAUCGAAUGGGCUCUGGACAAUGCGACGCGCACAAGACCCUGAUCCAAGGUAGGAAAAAGGUACCACGGCUCGGGCAAGCACACGACCUGCUAGUGCAAAACAUUGCCGAGCUGGAAGUGGGGAUCGCGGUGGUGUCCGAGCCCUACUGUAUUCCUGACUCCUCGUUCUGGCAUGGCAGCAAGGAUGGCAGAGCUGCUAUCUAUUGGAGCCGAGACCGCCUCCAGCACGGAUGCAGCCUAUUUAGGAUAGGAGACAACUUCGUGGCAAUCUCUUGCGGAGACAUUAAAAUCGUCUCAUGCUACAUCCCCCCUGAGAAAGGAGAGGAUCGCGCUGUCACUUUCCGCCGGGCCCUGUAUGGGCUGGAAGAAGUUGUCCGGGCCGCUGGCCCCAGAGUAAUACUGUGCGGGGACUUUAACGCAAGAUCUGAAUGCUGGGGAUCCCAAAUCACGAACUGGAGGGGCCGUGCCCUCGUGAACUGGGCUCGCAACAUAGGGUUGCGAAUUGCAAACGUAGGAAAUGCACCCACAUGUGAGAGACCACAAGGCUCCUCAAUCGUGGACCUGACCUGGACCACAGAGGAACUAACCACGAGAAUCACGAACUGGAGAGUCGCAACGGAAAUUGAGACCUUUUCCGACCACCUUGGGAUCAUUUUCUCCGUUAGCAGGAGGAAAAAGAAGAAACGAGGCUCUUGCCGCUCAGGCCGCAAACCCGGCUGGAAGACACACCGCGCUGGAACCAGCAGAAAAUGGAUGUCGACAUUUUCAGAGCAUCCCUAG